AUGGUUUUUCAAGUUCGAUUACGUAGUAAUAGUAAUAUUUUCUUUCGACCGAAAAUAAGAAUACUCAAAUUAAUAUAUAAUCCAUGUAUUCGAAAUUUUGCUUCUACUGCUUAUAGAUUACAUAGAGAUGAUAAUAAUUUAUAUAAAAAUAAAUAUGAUACACAAGAACCAAAAACUCACUUUGGGUUCAAGAGUGUUCCUGAGAUUGGACAAGUUUUUUCCAAUGUAGCAUCGAAAUAUGAUUUAAUGAAUGAUAUAAUGAGUUUUGGUAUACAUCGUUUCUGGAAAGAACAUUUUAUUCGAACAAUGGCUCCUGGUCCCGGAACUAAAUUAUUGGAUGUUGCUGGAGGAACAGGUGAUAUUGCUAUGGGAUUUUUUAAUUAUUGUAAAGAAAUUCAUAAAGAUACCACUGCAAAAGCUACAUUGUUAGAUAUUAAUUCAAAAAUGUUGGAAGUUGGCAAAAAGAGAUUUUCAAUGACUUCAUAUGGAGAAACAUCACAAAUUGCUUUUGAAUUAGGAAAUGCUGAAAAUCUUGAAUCAAUUCCAUCAAAUUCAUAUGAUAUUUAUACAAUAGCAUUUGGUAUAAGAAAUUGUACUCACAUUGAUAAAGUAUUACAUGAAGCAUAUAGAGUAUUAAAACCUGGUGGAAGAUUUAUGUGUUUAGAAUUUGGGAAAGUACAAAAUCCAGUUGUUUCUUUAAUGUAUAAUUUAUAUUCUUUUCAAAUUAUUCCAGUAAUGGGACAAUUAGUUGCAGCAGAUAUAAAUUCAUAUCAAUAUUUAGUAGAAAGUAUUCAACAAUUUCCUUCCCAAGAUAAAUUUGCAAAAAUGAUAGAAAAUGCUGGAUUUACCAUUGUUAAUAAUGGAUGGGAAGAUUUAUCUUUUGGUAUUGCAGCUAUUCAUUCUGGAUUUAAACUUUAA